CUCAUCUCUACAUUUUAAAUAAUACAUGGUUCUAAAUUCAUGACCAUUGGAACAAUUAUUCUUAUUUUUCCCCAAACAAAUCGCGGAACUAGGAUUAUUGCAGGAAAAUCGUGUUCUCAGUUCAACGCGCAGGGUCUCUUUUUUCACCUUCGUCCAAAAUCAAUUUCAUUUUGUCUCAUGGCUGCACCUGGGAGUUCUAUGCUAUAUUCUUGUCUUCUGUUCGUGGCCACUCUUUCUCUACAAGAAAUGUAUAGAGCAAAGUUAGCAUCUUCUGAGUUAUUUACUAUUCUUGGAGGCUUCACCAGCUCUUUUAUAUUUCUCAUGUUGCUGACGUUCAUUGGAAAUUAUCAGGAAACAUGUGGUAUCAGGACUGGGUGGGGUGCUGUUAUAUUUGCUGAAGCAGUUGCCCUUAUAGCUGCUAGCACUGUUCAUCGAGUUUGUAUCACAACCUGUUUUCUGUUCUCUGCUGGGCUAUUAUAUGAGAUCAGCAAACUUUCUGGAAUGAUGCUUUCCAAGAGUGAAUCGAAAAGUAAAAGGUAUUGAGUCAAAAUUGUGCCUUAGAGGACUUGCUUUCAGAAACUCCUAUUUUUCCCGUUAUCUUGGGGCUUUCAUUUGGUACUUGUGAAAGUGAGAUGCAUUGGUUAUUGGUAUUCAUUGAGAAGUUUGAAUAUGGAUGGUUAAAUUUUGGGGCUUUUACUAUGUUGCUUAUUAAUUUAUAAGUAUAGCCUCGUAUGGCUUCUUUCUUUUUCAAAUUUAUGAUAUACUUCAAUGAGAUUUAUAUACAUUAUUUGCAUCACGAAAUAUAUAUAAAAUUGAUAUAAA